CUUAUCAUAGACUACUCCACUUGAGAAUGAAUGGCAAAACGAGCAGUAUCGAGAUAGACAUCAUCGGUUUCCCGUCGAAACCCGAGCCUCCGACGAAGGGAUCGAGUGGGAAAUCCAAGAACUUGGCUGCUUCAUUUCGAGCCUCGAUAUCGAGCAUUUGGGAUUUUUGCAAAGAAGAUAGCAACCGAGUUAAAUUCUCCCUCAAAGUUGGGCUGGCUGUUGUUUUGGUGUCUUUGCUUAUACUUUUUCAAGCACCAUACGAUGCCUUUGGGACUAAUAUCAUAUGGGCCAUCAUCACUGUCGCCAUAAUGUUCGAAUAUACAGUUGGUGCAACUUUCAAUCGUGGUUUCAACAGAGCACUGGGAAGUUUACUGGCAGGAAUCUUGGCCAUAGGUGUUGCCCAACUUGCUUUGCGCACAGGCCCUGUUGCACAACCCAUCAUCAUUGGCAUAAGCAUUUUCUUAGUUGGAGCUGUGACAUCAUUGAUGAAGCUAUGGCCAUCGCUGACUCCAUACGAGUAUGGGUUCAGAGUUAUACUUUUCACGUACUGUUUGAUAGUGGUUUCUGGGUAUCGAAUGGGGAACCCGCUGAGAACCGCCAUGGAUCGGCUCUACACCAUAGCCAUCGGAGGAUUCGUUGCAGUCUUGGUAAAUGUUCUUGUUUUCCCCAUAUGGGCUGGCCACCAGCUCCACAAAGAGCUCGUCUCCACCUUCGACUCGGUGGCUAAUUCACUCCAAGAAUGUGUGAACAAGUAUUUGGAAGAGGAGGGAUCGCAGCAGAACCAGCUCCCCAAGGCUCUGAUGGAUGAGUUUCCAGACGAACCUGCCUACAAGAAAUUCAAAGCCACCUUAAACUCCUCGGCAAAGUUUGAAUCUUUGGCGACGUCGGCGAAAUGGGAGCCGCCGCACGGUAGAUUCCGACAGUUCUUCUAUCCAUGGGCGGAGUACGUUAAAGUUGGAGCUGUUCUGAGAUACUGUGCUUAUGAAGUUAUGGCUCUUCAUGGCCUUCUCCACUCUCAAAUCCAGGCUCCAUAUAACCUCAGAAUCGCAUUCAAAUCCGAGAUACAAGAUGCUGCAAACCAAGCAGCAGAGCUGGUGAGAAGUUUGGGUGAAGACAUCAGCAACAUGAAACAAUCCCUCAAAAUUUCCCUCCUCAAAAGGCUUCACACCUCAGCCGAGAAGCUGCAACUUGCCAUAGACACUCACUCUUAUCUCCUCACUCCCGCCACUUAUUGUGACGCCAUCGACUUCUCCUCUAAGCUUCAGUCCAAGCUCUCGACCACCUCAUCAAGCAGCCUCCACGAUCUCCCAAAUGAGCUUGACGUCGUGGCUGCAGGGGCAGCUCAGGCAGAGGCUUGUGUUGAGCUGGGGAGGAAGCAGUCGAGAAGGCAGCAUUCGUGGCCAUCGUUGGAAGUCGGUGCUCUCGACGAAGGUGGGAGUGUUGUAGUCGAGUUUUCGCCGAGGAUGAGGAAGCUGGAGAGUAGUGCAGCUAUGUCAUUGGCCAAUUUCACUUCCUUGCUGAUUGAGUUUGUGGCUAGGCUUGACUAUUUGGUUGAAACUGUGGAUGAGCUUUCCAAGAUGGCCAAGUUCAAAGAUAUUGGUCAUUAGCUGAAGUUUCAUCUACAGAGAUAUUGAUGUGAGGGGAUGAAGUAAAAUGGGUUUGGAUUGCAGAUGUAAUUGUUGUGAAAGAAGAGGUUAUUCUUUAACUUGAAAAGACACAAAAAAACAUGUAUCAGAAGCCAUAUUAGUUUCCAUCAAUGGAAAUUAUUGUUGCACAAUUACAGCUGUUUACACAAAUUAGGCUUGUCAAAUCACUAUAACCUUUCCUAAGACCAGUCAUCACAGCUCACUCUAAAUUUUCAGCCUAACAAUAUCUUCAUGUUAUAUAACUUAUAACUUAAUGUAUUUUUAUUAUAUAUUAUCUACAAUUAUUUUACUUGUACAAUCUACCAUCUAUUGCACAACCUAAUAGACAACUUGAGCAAAACAGUUUGAGACAUCUUCUAUCAAAAAUCACUCCACAUG